AUGGUAGCCAGCACAUGCAAAGUGAGUAAUCAGGUCUCCUUGACAUCGCUUACUAGGACUCCAUCUGGAAGUAUAUACCAUCAAGAUUUGAAAAACAUCUUUUCUGUGUUGCUAUACUGUCUAGAUUUACAUGACUGCAGCAAAAGACAAUCAAUCUUAUCCAAAAUUAAUUUGAAGAAAGAAUAUCCGUAUACUUUUACAUUAGAACAGGCGAUACAAACAAUGAAGAGACUGUACAUUAAACUCCAGUACAAAUCAACAUUGACUAUUUUUUCCUACGAAAUCAACAAACAUCUUUCAAUGGAACUGCUACAAAUCUUUUACUUCGCUAAAUUACUCCAUUGUCCAGCAGACAAAACCUGUAAGAAAAUAGCAGAUAAAAAUACGGUUCUACAGCCGACCCCAAAGGGAUUAGCAAUUUUACACCAGUUCUGCUUAAAGAUGGGGAUCCCAGAUAUAGAAAAACAACAUGUGCCUAAAAUAUUAACGACUGAAUUCAACACAAUGCAAUUGCUUGAGUUUGAUCGGCAUUCAAGAACUGACCAAAUUAUUCACAACUAUCACUCGGAUAAAUUGAUCUUUAUUCGUAUCAUGGGACCAAUAAUGAAUACUUGGAGUUCAAAAAAUGGACCAGACUCUAUAAAAGACUUAGGUUCGAUCUUAAAACUCAAGUCGAAAUUUAAAGAAUCUAAUCUAUAUAGUUCAGAAAACGCAAACACAAAUCCGUUGCAGGAUGGAGCAGCUUUUUUACUGUACCUUAGGAAGAGACAAACAGACGGUGCACCCGAAGAUGAAAACGAUGGCCUAGAGGCAAAUGACAAAGAAACAACAAGACAAAACAACUUACACGUUUCCUCAUUUCAUCAUAGGUUUUUUACAAACCCAGAUUCGGAUUCUCAUUGUCAGUAUUAUGUUUCUGAUAAAGGUAUUAGAUUCUUCAAAGAAAAAACCGUGGCUGUUAAUGGGACUAACGUCACUGUUACUAACUGCUUCUCGGGUAAAGCUUUAGUCCAAUAUCUUAUGGAUUGUACCGAUUUGAUGUAUCCAAAAGAUGCCUUGAAAAUUGCUACCAUUUUUCUUUCAAGUGGCCUAAUAGAAUGCAAAACAUAUGGUCAAAACAUUUUUUUCCCCAAAAAAAAUGCCCUAUAUAUUUUAACUGAGAAAGGAAAUCAAAUAGUCAAAUGGAAAAAUUAUAUUAAUAGUAUUCAGUAUGAUAUUCCAUGUACACCCUUUUCCAAUGAAUUCCAUAAAGAUACCACGUCUUUUAAACUAGUCUUGAAGGAUCCAGGCCUAAAAUAUCUUUUCCGAAAUUUUAUGAUAGAAAAUAUGUGUGUUGAGAAUCUUGAUGUUUACGAUGAUAUUGUCGAUUUCCAAAAAAAGAAUUCGGUUUUGAAGAAAAUGAUAUCUUUAAAAACAAGGGAAAAGACUAGGUACUUAGAAGAGAUACAGUACGAUACAGUUUUUAAUGAAUUCAGAUCAAAUGCAAUGAAACAAAAAAAGCUCACAAUUUAUACAGCAAUCAACAAACUUUCGGAGUAUAAUCUUUCAAAAGUAUACUCCAUAUUUUCCAUGUAUAUAUCAGAAGAUGCUCCAAAUGAAGUCAAUAUCGACUCAAAGCUACGUUUUGAAGUUCAGAACUAUUUCCAGGCUAAAAUCAAUUUUGAAACAACACUUGUAAAUAUCUUAGAUCUAAAAAUGUCUAUAGAUGUAAGCAAUGAACAGGAGAGUGACUUUUGCUUGAAGGAGGUUAAGCAUGAAGGGGAAGUUAUAGAACCACUAGCAACCCCACCGGCAACACCAUCAAGUUUCUUUUGCGAGGAAGCACAACUCUGGAAAGUAAUACCCCAACAACCACCUACUCUAGCAUUGAAAAUGUGUCAUAUAAAGAAGAUGUCAGAUUCUGAGUGCUCUCCUACUGAGAUCCUGUUUACUCCAAAACUUAAAUUUUUAGACGAUGUGUCUGUCUACUUCGAAGAGAUUAAAAGAAAAAUUUAUAGAAUAAUGGAGAGAGACUCAUUUGCUAAGUUCUUAGAGUCAGACCAGUUUAGAGAGAACAAAACAUUGUAA